UAAAGAUGAGAUCGCAAAUUGUUCUUUUGGUUGUAGGAUUGGUUGUUGUUUGUGUAGAGUCCAGGCCAAACGCCGAAUCCAAAAUUGUGAAUUAUGAUAGUGAUGUUAGGGAAGAUGGCUACUCAUUCUCAUUUGAAACCAGCGAUCCUAUCAAACGUAACGAACAAGGCAAAGUCGUUCCUGGACCAGAACAACCCCAAGGCAGAAGUGCAACUGGCGGUGAACAAGAAAGCAACAGCAUCCUGCAAGUCAACGGUGAUUUCGGCUUCGACUUCCCGGAAGGUAUCCCGUUCUACGUCACUUUUGUAGCCGACGAGAACGGUUACAGGCCAAAAGUGUCCUUUGGAACUAAAGCCGGACCUGGUGGCCAUUAACAAUAGCAUCAACAAGCUUAAACUUUUGUAAAAACAUUUUGUAAAAAUUGUAAAAAGUAUUAUGUUGUUUAAUUAAAUUUUUUAUACGUUUUUUUGAUUUUUAUUCGUACUGAACUAUGAAACCUUCUAGAUAUCUACCAUUUCUAUGGUCUUUUACAUUACAGGGUGGUUAAGU